CAGUCUGCUGCUCUAGGCUAGUUUUUUGGUUGUCAUUAUUCUCUUUAAACCCGUGCAAAAAUAUAUAAACUGUGCUGCACCGUGACGUUGUUUUUCGAAUGGCCGAACCCGGUAAAAUCCAAAUUGUGGCGACAUGUUCAGAAAAACUGCAACGUCAACCGAGCUUCAGGAAAGUGAAGAGGAAGUUAGCCGCUGACGAGGACUCUCCCCCGGGGAAUAACAGCACGAAUCUGCGGCGGUCACUGCGACGAGGAGGCUCCCUGGCCUUUCUGACUCCUGGACCACAGUGGGACUUCAGCCUGAAACGGAAACGCAGGGAGAAGGAUGACAGCGACACCGUCAGCCUCUGCAGCUUCGACUUCAAGGAACCCAGCACCAAGCGUGUCCGUCCGCUCGGCAGGGUGACGUCACUAGCCAACCUCAUCUCUCCGGUGAAGAAUGGGGCCGUCCGGCGCUUCGGCCAAACCAUCCAGGCCUCGUUCAGGGGUGAUGGAAAGUCGCCGGGCGUGCCUCAAAAGCCUUGCAGCAAGGCAGCGGCCCCCACCCCACCAAAGAGGAGGAACAGCACGCUGUGGUCGGAGACGCUAGACGUCCACCAGAAGGGGACGCUGUCGACGAAGGAGAUCAAACGUCAGGAGGCCAUAUUCGAGUUGUCCCGUGGAGAACAGGACCUGAUCGAGGACCUGCAGCUCGCACGAAAGGCGUAUCACGAUCCCAUGCUGAAGCUGUCCAUCAUGUCUGAGGAGGAGCUCACGCACAUCUUCGGUAACCUGGACGCCUACAUCCCCCUUCACGAGGACCUGCUGGCCCAGCUCUCCAAAGCCACGGGGGACGAUGGGACGGUGGGACAGAUCGGACAGAUCGUGGUCAGCUGGCUGCCAAAGCUGAACGCCUACAAGGACUACUGCAGUAACCAGCUGGCCGCCAAGGCCCUGCUGGACCAGAAGAAGCAGGACAGACGGGUGCAGGACUUCCUGCAGCGUUGCCUGGAGUCGCCCUUCAGCAGGACGCUGGACCUGGGGAGCUUCCUGGACAUUCCGCGCUCCCGCCUGGUCAAGUACCCGCUGCUGCUGAAGGAGAUCUUGAGACACACCCCGGCGGAGCACGACGACGUGGGCAGACUGGAGGAAGCGAUCACCAUCAUCCAGGGAGUUCUGUCCGACAUCAACAUGAAGAAGGGCGAGUCCGAGUGCCAGUACUACAUCGACAAGCUGGAGUACCUGGACGACCGGCAGAGGGACCCUCGGCUGGAGCAGUGCAAGAGCCUGCUGUGUCACGGCGAGCUGCGGAACAAGAGCGGCACGAAGCUGCACGUGUUCCUGUUUACCGAGCUGCUGGUCCUCACCCGUCCCGUCACCAGAAACGAGCGCCAGUGUUUCCAGGUUUACCGACAGCCAAUCCCAGUGCAGCAUCUGGUGCUGGAGGAUCUUCAGGACGGAGACGUGAGGAUGGGCGGUUCCUUCAGAGGAGCGUUCAGCAACUCAGACAAAGCUAAAAACAUCUUCCGGGUUCGAUCCCAGGACCCCAGCCCGGCUCAGUCCCACACGCUGCAGGUCAACGACGUCUUCCACAAACAGCAGUGGCUCAACUGCCUACGGAGCGCCAUCUCCGUCUACCGCCCCCUCAACGAGCCCGGCACCCCCAGCCCGCCCGCAGGGGGCCCCCGCUUCAAGCGCCGCCCUUCCUCCGUCUCGGCCAUCGUCCACAUGGAAGAAGCCGACGAGAACGCCCCGCAGCUCAAGUCCCAGUCCGCCCCCAGCUCGCCGUGCAACGACGGCGCCCCCAGCAGUCCCAGCGGCUCCUCGCUUUGCUCCUCCGCUUCUUCGACGGCGUCCUCCACGUCCUCGCUGUUGUCGUCCACGUCACACAAAUUCAAAAAGGACAAGAAGCCCCUGUGUUCUCUGGGGAAGAGAAAAGAGACGAUGGUGUGACGCGGCGGCGGCGGCGGCGCCCGGACAACAGUCGGACAUUUUGGUUGUACAUAAAGGUUGAGGGCGCGGAGGAGCGCGGCGUGGUAUUUAUGUGUGUCUGCGUCCCCGUGUAUCAUGACAUCAGUGUUCUGUGUUACUGUCCUCUUUGGCAGCUAUAAACCUCACCCCUCCUCCCACCUUACACCCCGCUGAGACGCAGCGUCGUGGAGAGACUUACAGUUGGUCAGCGUCCUGAGUGGGUUCCUUGGAGAAGGAGGUGUGAAAUCGACCGUUUACUUUUAAUAUGAUAUUUAAAUUUUAAACUUUAUUUGAAACCUUUUUUGGAGGGGAGUCCACGAAAGUUUUACUUUUUUUUUAAUAUUCUAAAAUUAUUGUAGUAUUAUUUUUUUAGACGACGUAAAGCAGCACUGUUUUAGCUCCGAGGUGAUUUUGAUGUUUGUGAGGUGAAAGAAAAGAAGAAGAAGAAGAAGAAGCACCCAUCAGACCAUCGGGCUACACCAAGCUGCAGAUUUCUCUAUUUUUCUACAUUCCCAUCAGGACAGUUAAAAAAACAGAUUUGUCCCAAAAAAACAAAA